AUCUUUCUCUGUGUACAUGUAACCUCCAAGUUCGGGGACAACGAGAUCGAUCUCUUUCUUUAAUUCCUCAAAUAAAGUCAAUUAAAUGGAAACUCCACCGGCUAAACAGUCCUUGACUCUGUUACGCAUCAAGCGUAAACGUACCGAAGAGCCUUUGGAAGCACUGUUGUUGCAAACCCAAGAAGACAAUAAAAGAUUACGAAAAGAUAGCUUGAAAGAGGGUGCUGGAUCACUUAAAGUUUCCGCAACGUCGUUACCAACAAUUUUCAGACUUGCAGAGACGGUCGAAGAAAAAAGCUUAAAGAACAUUACAGAAGCACAAAAGCUGAAAGAAAGAAUCACUCGUCGCGUCCAACCUGGAUCUCGUCCUCGUACACCAGAAACACUCGAAGAGCGAAAGGAUCGACUGGCACAACAAAAGCAAAGCAACGUCCGACAGGCCCGGUAUCGAGUCAUUAAUCAAAAUCGUGACCAACGCCGUAGCGAUCAACCACCUGCUGUAAAAAAUGCUGCGGACGAGCUUUUGCAAAUGUACGAAGCUGUACGUGAGGACAACGAGCAUGCUGCUGCUUCCAGAAGUCCUUCAUCCAAAGCGAAAUUGUUUGCUGAUACCGAUGAUGAAGAAGACGACGAUAUCAUGUGCAAUUUUAUUCCAAUGGUCAAAGAGUAUUUGACAUUAAAUGAACGUGUCAGGGAGGCAGAAGACGAAUAUGUGUACGAUGUCUAUUAUCGCGAUGAUACCCAACAAGGAGAAAUCCACGGUGCAAAUGUUGGAUCCCUCGUUUGGUUCAACGACGAAACGGAAUACAUGAACGAUGACACAGACAGCGAGCCUGGCGAUUAUGGCGAUGAGGAUUCAAAUGCGGAAGAUUUCUACCAAAAUGACUACCCGGACGAAGAAAGCGACGAAGAUUUCGAAGACCAAUACGGCUACGAGUUGUCAUCCGACGACGACAAUUAUUAUUAAAGCAGGCACAUACGAACACAUAAAAGGGAUACCUCUCUCUCUAACAUUAUCUCGUGGAAAAAAACUUUUUUUGUUGGUUGGUUGGUUGGCUACAUGAUGACUACUACUACUACUACUACUCGCUAUUACUAUUACUACUCCUCCGUUUGCGACGAUGACGACGUUGCUCUAUGAUGCUCCAGUACUGUCACCGCCUCGUCGGCCUUGCUUUCCAGCGACUCGCGAUCAUUGAUGAGCGAAAUCAAGUCUUCUUUAUCCAUCUCCAACAACAUGCCCGUCACUUUACCAGCCAGUUGUGGAUAUUUAGCUUGUCUAAAAAAAAGAAUAAAAAAGAGAGAGAUGAGUCAUGUGUCAAAUUAGAAUUAUAAAGUUUGACAGAUGUUUCCUUAUUAAACUUGUUUCCGCCCUGUCCUCCACCUCCUUUAUAAGCAAGAAGAACACUUACACUACAGCAUAUAUCCGUUCGCC